AGGCAGUGCAAGGCGAAAACGCGCUCUUGCAGCGCCCCCCAAGCGGAGAGGACUGGCACUUCCUUUGAUUUUCUGCUUCUCGAUGCGCUGACUCCCUCACUCACUCAGUGUUCGUUGGUUUGUUCGGUUGUCCACUUCUCACCUCCACCAAGAUGUCUGGGCGCGGAAAAGGAGGCAAGGCAAAGGGCAAGAGCAAGACCCGUUCCAGCCGCGCGGGGCUCCAGUUUCCCGUGGGAAGGAUCCACCGACUACUGCGAAAGGGCAACUACGCGGAGCGAGUAGGUGCCGGUGCCCCCGUCUACUUGGCGGCCGUACUCGAGUACCUGGCUGCCGAAGUGCUCGAGCUGGCAGGAAACGCGGCCAGGGACAACAAGAAAACUAGGAUCAUCCCUCGACACCUGCAGCUGGCCAUUCGCAACGACGAAGAGCUCAACAAGCUGCUGUCCGUCGUUACCAUCGCGCAAGGAGGUGUCCUGCCCAACAUCCAGGCCGUCCUCCUUCCCAAGAAGACCGAGAAGAAGGCCUAAACCAUCCCGCGGCAUCCGCUACAGAAAAACGGUCCUUUUCAGGACCACUCAUGACUUGAGUACAGGAUACUCA